AUGGAUCUCAUUGUCAGCUUUUUUCGUCGCUCGGCGUUCUCCACGCGCAACAAUGAUACCGAGGAGGAGGCAGAAAGCCAUAUGAUGAAGACACUAACGUGGGAGUUGGACAUGUAUCUGGCGGGCCUGGGCCAGAUAUGGAACGCAACGAAACGAUUGAAAGGCCACUGCAUCGACAAACAGAACCUGGCUAAGAUUUCCAUCCAACUACAGGAGCUUCAUAUCAAGACUGAUGGAUUCUGUGUGGAGGCCCUGUAUCCGGAGUACGUCUUACCUGUCUCGAAGGCACAUAUAGGCAAACAUCCUAUGUGUGGAGUUGAGAUGACCACUGAGCGGUUCAUGUGGGGUGACGGUGUUUGGUCUUAUUGUGCGAUGGAUAGCUCUAAGGAGAUUAGCUCCAUGGUCAGACGCGCCUUUGAGGGGUGUGAGACGAACAUAGGAAACGGGAAACCGUCAUUAUGCGAACUCUCUGGGCGGAAGAAAAGGUAA